GUAUCACUUAUUCUUUUACCCGUAAAUUUAUAAUUUUGAAAGAGAGAUUUAUUUUAGCAAAAGCUAAAGCUAAAGCUACAAUGUCUAUGAAUCCGCUAUCCUUAUGGGUUCUAAUUUUCCUUCUGUCUCUGGUUUUCCUUAUUAAAAGAAAGAUAGAAGUUGGAAAAGGAAACAAGCAGCUUCCUCCAGGCCCUCCUAAGCUUCCAAUAAUAGGCAACCUGCAUCAACUUGGACGACAACCUCACCGUUCUUUGUGGCAACUUUCCAAGAGAUAUGGUCCUGUCAUGUUUCUCCAAUAUGGUGCUGUACCUACUGUCGUGAUAUCCUCAGCCGAGGCAGCAGAAGAAGUCUUGAAGAUUCAUGAUAUUCAUUGUUGCAGUAGACCUGCUUUAGCUGGUGCAGGAAAACUUUCAUACAAUUUUUCAGAUAUAUCUUUUUCACCAUAUGGUGAAUACUGGAGGCAGAUUAGAAAAAUCUGUGUUCUUGAGCUUUUCAGCAUCAAAAGGGUGCAGUCUUUUCGCUUCAUCCGGGAAGAAGAAGUUACUUCACUCAUCAAUUCAAUCUCUCAAGCAUCAGCUUCUGCAACUCCUGUUUCUCUGACUGAGAAGUUGACGACUCUGGUCACAAAUAUAACAUUUAGAAUGGCUUUCGCGACGAACUUCGAAGCAACUGAUUUCGCUAAGGAUAGAUUUAGAAUAUUAAUUGAUGACGCUAUGUCCUUACUAGGAAGCUUCUCUGCAAAUGAUUAUUUUCAACAUGUAGGUUGGAUUAUUGAUAGGAUUACUGGUUAUCAUGCCAGAGCAGAGAAAGUUUUCCAGGAUUUGGACACUUUCUACCAACAGAUAAUUGAUGAACACCUUGAACGUGGUGGGACGAUAAAUAAAGGACAGGAUGACAUUGUGGAUGUACUCCUCAAAAUUGAGAGAGAUCAAGCUAGAAUUGGUUCAAUUCAGUUUACGAAAAAUCAUAUUAAGGCAGUUCUCAUGGAUUUGUUUUUCGCUGGAGUUACAACUGGUUCUGAUACCCUAACGUGGGCUAUGGCUGAGCUUGUCCGGAAACCAAAAGUGAUGGCGAGAGCACAAGAAGAAGUCAGAAAUGUAAUAGGAAAAAAAGAAAGAGUUACAGAAAGUGACAUUAACGAGCUGCAUUAUCUCGAGAUGGUAAUAAAAGAAACUCUGAGAUUACACCCUCCUGCUCCAUUGCUACUACCAAGAGAAACCAUGUCGAAAUUCAAAAUCAAUGACUAUGAAAUUUAUCCUAAAAUGUUGAUCCAAGUCAAUGUUUGGGCAAUUGGACGAGACCCUAAAUACUGGAAGAACCCAGAAGAGUUCUUACCUGAAAGAUUUAUGGAUAGCUCAAUUGACUUUAAAGGACAAAAUUUUGAGUUCUUACCAUUUGGGGGUGGUAGAAGAAGUUGUCCCGGACAAUACAUGGGAACUAUAUUAUUAGAGCUCGUACUUGCAAAUUUGCUAUACUUUUUCGAUUGGAGACUACCAAAUGAUGUUACAGAUAUCAACAUGGAAGAGAAAGAUGGUCCUAGUCUUACUGUAUCAAAAAUGGAAGCUCUCGAACUUGUACCUCUCAAAUACUUGUAGAAGAUGAUAAUAAGUUGGACUGAAACACAUUUCUUAUACUUUUUAGUGAUUACUGUGAGAUUAGGUGGGCUGCCUUUUCUAGUUGGCAACAAUGAAAAAUUAUUAUCUCUUUUUCAGAUUUA